CGUUUCCCUUGUGACUAUAGUGGAAGGUUGUAUGUACAAAUGAAAUUAGUUGUGGCAUGUUUUAUGUAGGGAGUAUUGGAGGAUGGACAAGAAAUCGCAGUGAAAAGACUUUCAGAGUCUUCUGCUCAAGGCCAAAAAGAGUUUAUGAACGAGGUUGUCGUGAUUUCCAAACUCCAGCACAGAAAUCUGGUUAGGCUGCUUGGGUGCUGUAUAGAAAGAGGGGAGAAAAUGCUGGUUUAUGAGUUCAUGCCAAAUGGAAGCUUGGAUGCUAUUAUCUUUGAUCCCAACAAGGAAGUGGUUCUUGAGUGGACGAAGCGCUUAAUGAUUAUUGAAGGAAUUGGCCGAGGCCUCCUUUAUCUUCACAGAGAUUCAAGAUUGCGAAUCAUUCAUCGAGAUCUUAAGGCAAGUAACAUUCUAUUAGAUGAGCAACUGAAUCCAAAAAUAUCUGAUUUUGGUUUGGCAAGAAUAUUUGGAAGCAACGAGAAUCAAGCCAAAACUCAAAGGGUUAUAGGCACAUACGGUUACAUGGCACCAGAAUAUGCAAUGAACGGAAAAUUUUCAGAAAAAUCAGACGUGUUUAGUUUUGGAGUUUUGUUGCUAGAAAUUGUGAGUGGGAGAAAGAACUCUACAUUUUACCAUGAUGACUUUGCAAUAAGUCUUGCAGCACAUGCAUGGAAACUGUGGAAUUUAGAGAAGAUGGAAGAAAUGGCAGAACCUGAAGUGUAUGACAUGAGCUUCAAAAUGAGUAUAAGACGAUGCGUCCAUAUCGGCCUAUUGUGUGUUCAAGAAUAUGCAGAUGACAGACCAAAUGUUUCAACUGUUUUGUCAAUGCUUAGUAGUGAAAUUGUAGAGCUUCCUCAUCCCAAACAGCCUGCCUUUACUGGAAGGCAGAGAUUUCCAGAUAAUAAGCCAUCUAAACAAAGCAAAAGUUAUGUGUAUAGUAUUACAAUAUCUGAUGUUGAAGCAAGAUAAAUUUUUUUUU